CCUCAGCGUGUUCAUGUAUCUAUUCGGGAUAGCAAUCACGCCACUCGUGCUUGCGCCCAUGAGCGAGCUGUUUGGACGCAAUAUCAUCUACCAGGUGACGACGCUGCUGUGAGUCGGGCCGCAGGUAGGGUGUGGUGGCGCUCUUUAUUGUGCAAUCUGCCUAUCUGCCUACCUGAUUGCUAUCCCAUCCCUGGACCAGCUGGCGUCCUAUCCAUCCCUCCCGCUGAUGCCAGUAACGCUGUCCUCUUCCUGCCGCAAGCCCUCACACACUCACACAGCGGCCUGCUCGCCGCCCGCUUCUUCCAGGGCAUGGCGAGUUCCGUCGCCAACUCCAUGGUGGGCGGCACAGUAGCAGACCUCUUCGAGGCGCGCGAGCGCGGCCUCGUGAUGAACCUCCUCGCGAUCGUAAUCUUCGUCGCGCAGGCGCUCGGCGGCGUCGUCUUCGGCUGGGUCGGGCUGUACCUCGGCGUGCAGUGGUGCUAUGGAAUACAGGCAAUUCUGGCUGGCGUCUCGGUGGCCCUCAAUGCCGCGCUGCUGCGCGAGACGCGCGGCGACGUCCUUCUAUCGCGCCGUGCGCAGAAGCUGACGCGCGAAACUGGCGUGCGGCACAUGGCGGCCGCAGAGACACAGAAGAAGAGCCUUCGCCAGAUGAUCACUGUCUCUGCCAUCCGCCCACUGCAGUACCUCCUCACGGAGCCGAUCGUGACUGCCAUCUCACUGUGGAUCGGCUUCGCGUGGGGUGCCGUCUUCCUCGGCACAUCUUCAGUCCUCCUCGUUUUCGGGCAGUACACGGACAACCCCGGCCUCGUCGGCGUGUCCGAAAUCACCGUCGCUAUCGGCGGGAUCCUAGGCUUCAUCUCAAACUACCACCAAGAGUAUCUGUACCAGAAGGCCUGCGAGCGCAGCCCGACAGGCAAGGCAGCGCCCGAGGUACGCUUGUACUGGGCGACGACGGCGGGCCUCCUCUUUCCCCUCUGCAUGUUCGUGUACGCAUGGACGGGCCAGCCCCAGUUCCACUGGAUGCUGCCCGCGACAUUCCUCAGCCUCUCGUACUGGGGCAUCUACGUCAUGUACAGCAGCGUGUUCACGUAUCUCGCGGACGCGUACGAGACGUACUCGAGCUCGGCGCAGGCCAGCCAGAGCUUCAUGCGCAACCUCCUCUCGUCGACGUUCCCCCUCUUCGCCCGCGCCAUGUACAUGAACCUCGGGUAUCCGAUCGCGUCCACCGUCGUCGCGAGCUGCGCGCUCGCUCUCGCUGCAUGUCCCACCCUCAUCGUCAUGUUUGGCGCGCAGCUGCGCGCGCGCUCAAAGGUUGCGAGCGCAAUCGCCGCCAACAGCUAGACACACAACACCGUACGAUAUAGAGUUAAGACUAGAUCCGCAUAAUUGCAUGCACGUGUACAAC